AUGGCGGGUUUUAAUGUUUGGAAUAAUUCCACGACCUCUCCUCCGGGAUCGACUCAAGACACCACAGCUGAUGAAGAUCGAUGCAUCAUGCCAUUCGUUCACGGAAUUCCCAUCGUUAUUAUCAACUCAACCUUAGUUUUUGUUGGGACGUUUGGGAAUUUUCUUAUUAUAUCUUCUGUUCUCAGCACGCAUCGAUUGCGUCGUAGGAUCUCAAACUUUCUUCUCGUAAGUUUAGCGUUCGCGGACUUAUUUGUAACGAUAUGUGCUCAGCCUUUACACGCUACCUCUGUUGCGUUUAAAACAUUUCGUAAUUGUUGUGUUGUUAACGUGGACUGGGCAUACGACGUUACCGUAAAUUUUUCUUUGUUCUGCUCGCUUUUUCACCUCUCAGCCAUCAGCAUCGAUAGAGCGCUGGUCGUGACGAAGCCACAUAAACACCAGGAAAUCAUGAAGAAAUAUGGACUGAGAACAAUGCUAAUAGCUUGUUGGGGGAUGGCAUUAGUAUUUGUUUGUAUCCGCGUUCCUUUCCGUUCGACAUUGAUGUUGUCUAUCGCGCUGAUUGUCUUCAAUUUCUUAUUCAUCUUGAUCUGCUAUACCGUGAUUCUGUACCAGCUCACACGUGAGAAGGUGAACAGCAACGACCCAGCUGCUGCCAUGUCCUCCGCCUCGAGGGAUGCCCGCACAGAGAAGAGAGUCGCAGGAACCAUCGCGAUUAUAAUAUUUUUUUUCUCCUUGUGCUGGUUUCCUCUGCUUGGUUUUUAUAUCUCUGUUGGAAAAGCUGUCCUUAGAGAACUGGGUGGUGUGACGUAUAUGUGGAUACGAACUGCAGUCCUCUCCAACUCAUCCAUGAACUUCAUCGUCUACAGUUGGCGCAUUGAUAUCUUUCGUAAGGCUUACCUAAAAACAGUCAAUAAGAUGCUUCACAGACCUCGACAGUUUUUUAGAAUUGCCAAACUGAACGCCAGUGUUGGUCUUUCUCAAGUAAGCAAGGAUAACGACAAAGUGAUGGAACUAACUGGUGACCUAGAGAAAAGUCAGAGCUACUCGAGAGAUCCCCAAAGCACUGCAAUGACCUCUUGUGCGACCAGAAGAAAGGAAGGGGACUCCAAAAAAGGCGCGCGCCGAAAAAGCAAGGUCGCUAUUAAUAACACACAUGCGAAGAUUUCCUCCCGUAUUAAACCUGGAAAAAGUUGUAGAAAGAUGGACGUCGAAGUCGAGGGAGAAAUAUCCUAUUCCAAUUUCAUCAUAUCCAAUCCUGUAAUCAUACUCGCGAACAAAACUACAGUGAACGAAAACCAUGAGUGCUGA